UCUGACUUCAGAGUCCUUCUAAUGGUUUAAGUGACAAAACUGGGCUUCUCUUUUGGUAUCUGGGGCCUGACUGACAAGUCACUACACUGUCUUUGCCCAGACUUCCUUCCUUUGGGGAACUUUCUAUUCACAGUCCAUGUAGUUUGGGUGGGGUUGACACCAAUGCCAAGGAUGGUCAUGUGACUCAGCUUUGGCCAAUCUGAGAAGUUCCUCCUUACCUGGCCAGGUGAUUGGUCAGAUGUGAGCACGUGGCCUAGACUCACUCACUCAGGCUCUUUUUCUGGUUCAGUUUAAGAGAGGAGGCAUUUUUUUCCCCUCUGGGAUUUUUAGGCUGCUGAAGUAAUGUAACCUAGAACUUCUGGUGGCCGUCUUUCUACUACAUGGAGGCAGCUGUUUGGAGGAGGAGGGAAUGAAUGAGGCUGACACGCAGAGAGAAGUACCAAGUGGUGGUGAGAGCACAGAUUGCAGUAUUUGAACCCCAACAUUCAAAUGUGCCUGAAGAAUCCAGGACUUCUUGGUUAUAACACUGGGAUCUUCAAUGGCAGGAGAAAGAGUGAUCAGAAGACCGAGAUGAAUUUUAACACUAUUCUGGAAGAGAUUCUUAUUAAGAGGUCACAGCAGAAAAAGAAGACAUCUCCCUUAAACUACAAAGAGAGACUUUUUGUGCUCACAAAGUCCAUGUUGACCUACUACGAGGGUCGCCCAGAGAAAAAGUACAGAAAGGGAUUUAUUGAUGUGUCAAAAAUCAAGUGUGUGGAAAUAGUGAAGAACGAUGAUGGUGUCAUUCCCUGUCAAAAUAAAUAUCCAUUUCAGGUUGUGCAUGAUGCUAACACACUUUACAUUUUUGCACCUAGUGCACAAAGCAGGGACCGGUGGGUAAAGAAGUUAAAAGAAGAAAUAAAGAACAACAAUAAUAUUAUGAUUAAAUAUCAUCCUAAAUUUUGGGCAGACGGAAGUUAUCAGUGUUGCAGACAAACUGAAAAACUAGCACCUGGAUGUGAAAAAUAUAAUCUUUUUGAAAGUAGUAUAAGAAAAGCACUACCUCCAACACCAGCGCCAGAAAUAAAGAAACGAAGGCCUCCUCCACCAAUUCCGCCUGAAGAAGAAAAUGGUGAAGAAAUAGUUGUAGCCAUGUAUGAUUUCCAAGCGACAGAAGCACAUGAUCUCAGACUAGAGAGAGGCCAGGAGUAUAUCAUAUUGGAAAAGAAUGAUGUUCAUUGGUGGAAAGCAAGAGAUAAAUAUGGGAGUGAAGGAUAUAUCCCAAGUAAUUAUGUGACAGGAAAGAAAUCAAACAACUUAGAUCAAUAUGAAUGGUAUUGCAGAAAUAUGAAUAGGAGCAAAGCAGAGCAACUCCUUAGAAGUGAGGAUAAAGAAGGUGGUUUUAUGGUAAGAGAUUCCAGUCAACCAGGCAUGUACACAGUUUCCCUUUAUACAAAGUUUGGAGGCGAAGGUUCCUCAGGUUUCAGGCAUUACCAUAUAAAGGAAACAAUGACAUCUCCAAAGAAGUAUUAUCUGGCAGAAAAACAUGCUUUUGGUUCAAUUCCUGAGAUUAUUGAAUAUCAUAAGCACAAUGCAGCAGGACUUGUCACAAGGCUGCGGUACCCAGUCAGCACAAAGGGGAAGAAUGCACCAACCACUGCAGGAUUCAGCUAUGAAAAAUGGGAGAUUAACCCUUCAGAGCUGACCUUUAUGAGGGAGUUAGGGAGUGGACUCUUCGGAGUGGUGAGGCUUGGCAAAUGGCGAGCUCAGUACAAAGUAGCCAUCAAAGCUAUUCGGGAAGGUGCCAUGUGUGAGGAAGACUUCAUAGAAGAAGCUAAAGUGAUGAUGAAACUGACACACCCGAAGUUAGUACAACUUUAUGGUGUAUGCACACAGCAGAAACCCAUUUACAUUGUUACCGAGUUCAUGGAGAGGGGAUGCCUUCUGAAUUUCCUCCGCCAGAGACAAGGCCAUUUCAGUCGAGAUAUGCUGCUGAGCAUGUGUCAAGAUGUGUGUGAAGGGAUGGAGUACCUGGAGAGAAACAGCUUCAUCCACAGAGACCUGGCUGCCAGAAAUUGUCUAGUAAAUGAGGCAGGAAUUGUGAAAGUGUCUGAUUUUGGAAUGGCUAGGUAUGUCCUGGAUGAUCAGUACACGAGUUCUUCUGGUGCUAAAUUUCCUGUGAAGUGGUGUCCACCUGAGGUGUUUAAUUACAGCCGCUUCAGCAGCAAAUCAGAUGUCUGGUCAUUUGGUGUCUUAAUGUGGGAAGUAUUCACUGAAGGCAGAAUGCCCUUUGAGAAAAACACCAACUAUGAAGUGGUAACCAUGGUUACUCGCGGCCACCGACUCCACCAGCCAAAGUUGGCCUCCAGAUAUGUAUACGAGAAACCAGAGGGAAGGCCUUCCUUUGAAGAUUUGCUGCGCACAAUAGAUGAGCUAGUCGAAUGUGGAGAAACUUUUGGAAGAUGAGUGGUGCUGUGACCGACGGCUUCCAGAUUCCAAAGCACAAGGAUGAAAUGGCACUUCGUGGCAGACUCUUAAUUUAUUUAGCACUUGGACGGGAAGAUUGUUUUACUUAUAAAGUGGAAACACCUGAUGCAUUUGCUUCAUGACCAGCCAUAGCUCUGUGACUGAAUCUUCUGGAUUAAUGGAAAUGCUGGCUUAGACAAAGUGGUUAAAAGCACCCACUUUUAUUCAUUCCACAAGUGCUAGAGUGCCCACUGUGGGCCAGGCACUGAACCCAGGCCCCCAGAGUCAGUCCAUUUCUGGGGUGUACGUGGGGACAUGUCCGCUGGUAUCAGUGGAAGGCCAGGGUAAUUGGGAGGAGGAAGGGUGUCAGAGCUGCAGUCCAGCCACCCAUCUGCCCUAUGAUUUUUACAAAAAUCUGGGCCAGGGUCUUGUCUAGAAUGUGGGUUCUGGAUGGAUCAGUACCCAUCUUAGGUUUUGAAACAUCUGUUUUCAAGAUUGCCAUUAGUAUUUCAUUAAAACAUAUUUGUAUGCUGUACAUAUUAUAAAUAUAUAUAUAAUAUAUAAAGUUAUAUAUUUAUAAGAAA